AAGGGAAAAUGAGGUUGGGAUGUGCGACUACAAAAAGAGGGGGAAAGAAUAAUAAGAAGCAAAGUAUAUUGAAGAAUAGAUGGAAAUGGGAGAAGGGAAAAAAGAAGAGAUAGUGGUUGUUCCUUUUCCAGAUGGACAAGGACACAUAAACCCCAUCCUCCAAUUCUCCAAAAGCCUUGCCUUGAAAGGACUUAAGGUUACUGUCUUACAUGUUCUCAACACCCAUGAAAUCACUGACCACAAGAAACACAGGGACAUGGGCGUUGGCGACUCGUCCAUGAAGAUCGAGGUGGAGUACAGGCCUCGAGUCCCCUACAAAGGGGGAGAUCCAGAGUCCGAGCCGAUGGAGUCGUAUAUGCAACGUGUGAAGACCUCCAUUUGCUUCCACUUAGGGAACUUGCUCGACCAACGUCAGAUCUCCAAUUCUCCAAUUGCUUGUGUUGUGUAUGAUUCUCUCAUCCCUUGGGUUUUGGAUGUGGCUGCUGGAUUUGGCCUCUCUGGGGCUCCCUUCUUCACUGAAUCGUGUGCUGUUAAUGCCAUUUUUUAUCACAUAAACCGUGGUUGGCUGAAGAUGUCAAAUGUUAUGCCUGACGAAACCCCUAUUUCUCUUCCUGCCCUCCCACUUCUUCAAAUCACUGACUUUCCUUCACUCAUACAAAAUCCACGCCAAUAUCCAGUCUUUCUUAGCUCCAUGAUUCACCAGUUCUCUAACCGCCCUCGUUGGAUGUUCAUCAACACUUUCCAUGCCUUGGAGCCACAAGUAAGUUCAAUCCACUUACCUUUCUCCUUAAUCUCUCUCAGACUUUUCUUCUUACUUUUCAAAAGCCAUAGCAAACUUUUAAAGUUUUUGUUUUUUAAAUUUAACGAAAGAGAUGGGGAUGUGGUGAAAUGGUGCUCCCAAGUCCAAGUUUUGGCUCACAAAUCAAUUGGGUGUUUUGUCACUCACUGUGGCUGGAACUCAGUCUUAGAGGCUAUUACUUGUGGGGUUCCCAUGGUAUCAAUGCCUCAAUGGACUGACCAAAUGACUAAUGCCAAGUUUGUGGAGGAUGUGUGGAAGAUUGGUGUGAGGGUUAAUCCAAAGCAAAAUGGGAUUGUUAGGAGACAAGAGAUUGAGUUGUGUAUUAGGAAAGUUAUGGAGGGAAAGAAAAGCCUUGAGAUUAGACAAAAUGCAACUAAGUGGAUGAAACUUGCAGCUCAAGAUCAAACCUCUGACAACAACAUUGAUGAUUUCGUGACACAACUUACAAAUCGUGUUAUAUGAUUUUUCUUUUUGAUGAUAUGUCAACA